AUGCAGCGUGAUAAAAUCUACAACUGGGAAGAUGAUAUCCUGCCUAUGAUUGAAGCACCUUACUGGGUUGUAGAUGACCCAAAGGGAGUAGGCCAGACAUGGAUUGACGAGAUGCAAUUCUGGGGGCAGUGGGACCUAUCCAAUUAUGACGAUGUCAAGAAGCGGGCAGUGGGCAUAUAUAAGCAUCUCCGUUCCAAGGCAAUGCCAGUCACUCGAAACCCCGACCAUUACUGGCCCGAGGAUGCCCUCGAGGUAUUUCGCAACUGGGUAAACAGUGGCUUUCUGAAGGAUGCACAUGCUCAACCUGUGAAACCCGAAAUAGUCAUCCCUGAGCCGAACGACCCCCCCAUAUCCUACCGAGUGAGGAAGGAUAUCAUGAGCAUGUCCCGAGAGGAGCUCGUCAUCUAUCAGUCCAAGCUAGAUGACAUUCUUCGUGUUCGAGAACCGAAAUCCAAAUGGCAGGAGCUUGGUGUUCUUCACGCAUACUGGUGUCUUCACUAUCAAGAGGCCACAUUUCUGUGGCAUCGAGCAUAUUUAAGAUACGUGGAAGAGUUAAUAGGCUGCGGAAUUCCUUACUGGAAUGGAUAUGCUAAGGAGGCUGCUUGUGAAACGUCGAAGUUCGCAGGCAUCCCCGCAAUGUUUCUCGAAGAAACAUAUGUGCAUCCUUCAGGCGAAACAAGGCCGAAUCCCCUUCGAUUUGCACUAGCCCUGGAUGGCAAGUCGAAGCAAUCACCUAACACUACUGUUACCAGAUGUUCAAUCUUGACCGAAGGUCAAGGUUCUUCAGACUGGAAAGAGAAGAUAGGGUUUUUCAAGAAGUACCAUGACCAAAUUGCCCAUGCUCUCAAGCAGUCAACAUAUACAACGCCAGAGUCGGCUGAGCACUUUGGUGUACCUUGGGCCAACAUCACUAAAUUCGGCAACGAUCAGAAGGAUUACCUCUAUCCUUUCCGUUUUGACUUUGAUGGCUUGUUUGAGCAGGUCCAUGAUAACUUUCACGGCUGGGUAGGACCUGAUAUGGCCGACAACACCUAUACUGCCUUCGACCCCAUAUUCCUUUCUUACCAUGCAAAUAUGGAUCGACUUGCUGGCAUUUUCAUGGAUGCGAACCCCGAGAAUCAGUUCACAUCUAGGUUCCCACUACAGCCUUUCAUCAACCAUGGUACCGAUAUUGAUUAUGACGAUCCUCGCCGCUGGCGAUAUACUACAAUCGGCGACAUGGCCAAGGACACUCGCGCAUUAGGUUACGUGUACGGCGAACCGGCGAGCCCUGACUUCUCAACUCUCAAGACUGCACAAGAACGGGGUAUUCGCCGCCCUGUGCCGAGUGGAGGCAAGGCAAUAGUUCUGCCUAUCGGUUUGCCAGGCCAAGAAACGGCUGCAGCUUCCAUUCUUGUCCGAACCGCUGAGAAGAGAGAGCUCACUCCUUAUGUGGUCUUCACUGAAGUUGGCUGUACAACAUCUAGCUACCGCAUCGAUGUGUUUACGGCUAGUGCAGAGUCUAUGGCUCCAGAUGCAGUCGGUAACCCUGACUUUAUUGGACAAGUGACACGACUUGGAAUGGGACGUGGAAGAGAUGGUUCGGGGCCACCGAACACAAACCGAUGUCGUAAACCAACUGCAACAAGGGUUCUUUCUGCCGCAAAGUUCAAGGAUCGCCUUUCAGAGGGUGAUAUACUGAAGAUUACAGUCACAGACUUAGAGACUGGAAAGGAGGUCGAUGAAGAAGAGUAUAAACAAAUGUCAGGUUUUGUUCCAAAGCUGGCUUGGCUGCCGGAUCAAUAG